AUGGCCGCACUUGGCCCCAACCACCAGAGGCGCUACAUACAACCCGACUCUCCUUCAACUACCAAUCUUUUGUCACCACAGUCAAGACCCGCUCCCGGUGUGCGGGCCCAGCACCAAUCCCUCCGUAGUGUGGCUAGUGAUGCUUCUCUGAACGAGUCUCGUUACGCGUCUGGCAUUCCCGGAUCCAUCCCCCCCUCGAUAUCCGACAAGUUCUCUCUCUCUCCUGACCCAUCGUCAUGGGGAGCCGAUCUCUCUCCUGACCAUCCAGAGAGCGAUGAUUUUCUCCAUAAUCCUGAUCCACGGAGAGACCGCAAGAACGAUCAAGGCGGAAACAUAUUCACUUAUCGAGGUAUCACAAACCUGGGUUGUUUGCUGAUACUUGGUGUCGGAAUGGUUACGCUUUUUGCCGGGUAUCCGCUGAUUAGUUAUUUCACCUCGCAUCAACUGUCUAACGCAGGUGGCUUCAAUAUCGGUGGAAUGAAUGCGUCAGGGCAAAUACCUUCCAUGACUGGUAACUACGGUCUUAUCGACAAAGAUACUCCCCAGAGUGCGCACCAGAAAGCGGACUGGAUGCAAGGCAAAUCCUGGCAGCUCGUGUUCAGCGACGAGUUUAACGUCGAAGGGCGAACUUUCUGGCCAGGGGAUGAUCCAUAUUGGGAAGCCCUAAACUUACAUUACUGGGAAACGAACAACUUGGAAUGGCUCGAUCCCACUGCUAUUACCACUCGUAAUGGCUCCCUAGAGAUCAGCAUGACGAACCAGCCAAAGAACAAUCUAAACUACAUCAGCGGUAUGAUGACGACAUGGAAUAAGUUCUGCUUUACUGGCGGGAUGGUUGAAGUCUCGGUAUCUCUUCCUGGGUCGAACAAUGUUCUUGGACUUUGGCCUGCCAUCUGGACCAUGGGCAAUCUAGGUCGAGCCGGCUAUGGUGCAAGUCUCGAUGGCACGUGGCCCUAUACUUACGAUACAUGCGACGUUGGGACCGUAGCCAACCAGACGAAGGAUGGUGUACCACAGUACGCCACUAUCAACGGUGAUCCUACACACGGGGGUGUGCUCUCGUUCCUCCCUGGCCAGCGGCUUUCUCGCUGUUCGUGUCCUGGCUCGUCACAUCCCGGACCCAUGCAUUCCGACGGGACUUUCGUUGGCCGUUCUGCCCCGGAAAUUGAUAUUUUUGAGGCGUUGGUGUCGGGUUCCCGCGGUCAAGUCUCGCAGUCAGGUCAAUGGGCGCCGUUCAACUACGAAUAUCACUGGCUCAACACCACUGAAAACUAUAAGAUUGGCAAUUCAUCGGUAUCGGAGUUGAAUCCCUACGCUGGUGGUGUUUAUCAGCAAGUAACAUCGGCACUUUCUUGGACAGAUCAAACCGCAUACCAAAACAAUGGUGGAGGAUACUCUAUAUAUGGAAUUCAAUAUCAGCCCGGUUUUGACGACGCCUAUAUAACGUGGAUUGUUGACAACAGUAUUGCCUGGACGCUCGAUGUUGCAGGGAUGGGUGCCGACAAUUAUACCCAGAUCCAGGCACGCCCGGUGCCUCAGGAACCCAUGUACCUCAUUAUGAACUUGGGGAUCUCGCUCAAUUUCGGCCCUGUUGACUUUGCCGGGCUUAUUUUUCCGGCCGUGAUGCGUGUGGAUUACGUGCGUGUGUAUCAGGAUCCGGACAAUAUCAACAUCGGAUGCGACCCUGAGGACUUCCCAACCGCUGCAUAUAUCAACGAGUAUAUCGAAGCAUAUACAAAUCCAAACCUUACGACAUGGACGGGCGAUUUCGGCCAGCCAUUCCCUGGGAAUAGCUGGCUAAACCAAUGCUGA